ACGUUUGCUUUCCAAGUCCCCAGGAUGACACCUACUCCAUCUAUCGUCAGCACCGGUUUUGAGGUGUUUGGUAAAGUACAAGGUGUUUGGUUCCGGAAAUACUGCGUCGAGAACGGCAACAAACUCAGAGUUGUAGGAUGGGUCCGAAAUACAGACCGGGGAACAGUCGAAGGGAUCGUGCAGGGUGAAGCAGAUCAGGUAGAGGUGUUCAAGCAGCGCUUAAAGACAGGUUCCCCCAAAUCUAGGGUCGACCGUUGCGAAUACACCUCACAAGCGACCAUUGCAAAACUGGAGUAUAGCAACUUUGAAAAACGCUGACAGAAGGACCCUUAAGCGAUUUAAUAAUAUGGUUUCGUUUAUAUUUACAAGGCAACAUAGUGCUACUUUUUCCCAAUUACACUUACUGAGUGGCAAUGCCACAUAAAGCAGUAUGCUUUCUCCACCGAUACGAAAUAACAUGUUACCGCUGUCCAGCGGGUGCUUCCAUAAGCACCUCUUUACCGUGACAAAAGAACAGUUUGGCUUCACGACUU